AUUAUUUGAAAUUUUCAGAAAAAUGAAUGAUGCAUUCAGAAGCUUUGGUGUGGUUGACGACGGGAAUCGGCGGUCCCCUGUCUGUGGUAUGGCUGUGCUGGGCAAUACUGGUGCUGUGGUUCGGCCGGGGCCAGUGGAGGCCGUCGGACCCGCUUCUUAUAGCGCUGCUGGCUGAGGCCAUCGCCAAACAGGCGGCCGGUACUGCAGGCUCGGCACUGUCGCUGUUCCGGCCGGACGAGCCGGCGCUGUGCAGUGCGGUGCAGUGGCUGUGGACGGCCGCGCACACGAUGCAGGCCGGCACGCUAGCGUCACUGGCCUUGAUGGCCGGGCUGAGGCGCAAAAAGCGGACUGUGGCUGCUGGUGGCCGGCCGCUGUUGCUCUACCAUCUGGCCAGCCUGUCGGUGGUGAGUGCGUGCGUGGGCGCCGCGGCACUGAUCGCCCAGACGGACCCGUGUUCUCCACCGUCCGACCGCCGGUACGCAGUGUUCUCGCUGGUGCUACACGCGUCCCUGGCCGCUGUGGCCGCAGCGUCCGCCGCUUUCGGUUGCGCCGGCCACCGGAAGGGUCCCAAUCCACUGCUGGUCAACUCGUCGUCCGACCUGUCGUCGUGCAUGUCUGAGAUAUCCACCGUGUCCAGCUGCAGCAGGGGAGGUAUACGACACAGCGUCAGCGACUGCAGCGACCGUACGACGGUGACGUGCACCACAUCGGCCACCGGCACCGGCGGCUACCACCGAACCGACUGCGCACUGGUCAACGACCUGCUCCGCUUGCCGUCGGCCGGUAACGCCCCGCCGGUCACGUUCCUCAAUGGCGCGCCCAGGGCGUUGAUGCACCACCAGAACGGCGCUGUUGCCGAGGACGACACGCUCCGCAGGAUGGACGAGACCAAGCGACUCAUCGACUCUGGCACGUUGCUGACGAGCAGCGAUCGGGACAGCUACGCCGCGUCCACUAUCAGACCGUACCGGUAUGGUGGCGGCGGUGGCCUGGGUUCCCGGUAUCAAUUGCCGUCUACAGCUGCGUCCGUGUCCGUCACGUCCACCAACAGCCGUGCCCCGUGCCUGGCCAAACGCGUGUCACUGGUCCAGGACGUCCGCAUUGGUUACGUGGUGGCCAUUCUGCUCAUGUGCUACUUUGUUGACCAUUUGCCCGUACUGGUGCUGAUGGCUUCCGAACAAUUCAUACCUUCAAAGUUUGUGUUUUCUACUGAUUACGCGCCUGUGGUAAAAAAUUUGCCAAUGCUGGCGGCGCUGGCCGAGGCGUGUCUGUGGCCGGUGGUUUUGCUCCUGUUCGACGACCAGUUCGUACCCCGGCUGUCAAACUUGUACCGGAGACGAAGUGUUUCGGACCGGGCUAAGCCCCCUCAAGGCUUACACGGCAAGUUUCGCCCGUACAACGGUUCGUUGCAAGAUGCCCGAAGGCCUCCACCGCCUUCCAGCGGUGGCGGCGAAGCGGUCAGAUUUCCCAUCACCAACGGAUCUUUGUUCGCCAGCUUGGAUGGCAGAGUUCCGGUUCUGCACAACUACAGACGAGGCGUUAGGACGAUGAGUGGUCUACUGUCUUCACCACCACCUCCACACUUUAUAAACACGGCAACGGAUUCGACGAUCGGUCACUGUUGUGAAGACGAACAUCACCACCAGCAGCAACAGCAUCAACAACAACAACUACAACAGCAGCAGCUUCAUCACCGGUCACUGCGAUUCGCCAAUAUGGUGACCGCGUCGGCGGCCAUGUCACCGACGACAGCGGACGACUGCAAAGCGGUGGCAGACGACUCGACGCCGGCCGACAGCCUGGACGACCAGUCUAUCGUGGCUGGCGUCACGGCUACUGUCAUUGGUAUUCGAUCAACGGACAGCCGAUUGCCGCAAAACUUACAGCAGCUCCGUGAAAAGUUGUACGCCCAAGACGACGAUGACGAUGAAGACGAGGCAAGUUGUUGCGGCAGUGACAGUGGCCGGGACGUGGCCGUGGACGGCGAAGGACAUCGGGCAGACAGGCCCGAGGAAACAGCCACCGUGGAAACGACGGCCGACGAUGAGGACGAUUCUUCGGACGACGGGUGUGACAGGCGGGACGACUACGACGACUGCGAAGACGAGGGUGGGUACGCCACGCUGUCCGCCCGAAGCGUGUGCUCGGCCACGACGGCGGCCAACGACGAUUUCGAGUAUUUCGCGGCGUCCGUUGACCGAUCUGGCGGCGGCGGGGGCAGCGGCGAAGACGUCACUCCACCCGCAACCGACCGGUCACCCGUCGGCGGUAGAGUCCCGUACCAGCGGGCGCCCACCAGACGAGCCAGGCACCACCAGCCGCAGCCACAGCACCAUCUGCACCAUCGGCAUCACCAGCACCCACAGCCGUCACAAUAUCACCAGCCACACCAUAGGCUUCAAGUACGCGCCGCAGCACCGGCCCUGCCGCCAACUCCGCCAACGCCGCGCAGGCCCAAGUCUCGUCUCACGCCUGUCUUGUCGGUCGACUCACUGGUCGCGGCACAGGCGGCAGCAGAUGCCGCCGCCAACGCCGCGGGUUAUCCAAACGCCUCUCAAUUGCACCACCAUCAGCAGCACCACCACCAACACCACCAGAUGCACCACCAUCACGGGGGCAGACAUCGCGGUGGUUUCGGUGGCAUUGCCGGCAGACGGCUGGGUGGCGGUGGCCGCGGACACCACGGCGGAAGUGUGCCUGACCUGAAACGAGUGUUCAUAACGGAUUUCCUGUAAACUGUGUCGCAUGGCCGCGAUUUUUGCUAGC